ACAACAUUCAAACUCAGGCUCUGAUGCAGUCAUGUGUGUUGUGAAAGAAAGAACAUCAUUGCAUACAAGUAGGCCUUCUUCUACCAGUGAGAACUACCAUUUUACACCAUUCUAUGUCUACUAGGUUGACCUUCUGAGGUCGGAGGUUAUCAAGGCCUUAUAUUAAAGCCUUAUUAUUAAAGCAUGCUACUGUUUGGUUUCAGCAGGAUCUCAUCUAUGUAGCCAGACUUCUUCCUUCCCUGAGAUACUAAUCCAACACAGUGGAUACACUUUGAAAAUCCAUUCAAAUAAAUAUUCUCUCAAAAUGAAGAACAUAGAACUCUUAAAACAGUUGAGUCCAUGAAGAUUGAAAUGAUGAGGUGUAGAAAUUAUCAUAUGAAAAUAUGUUGGAAUAAACUGGAGGGGAAUUCCUCUGUGGUCUCUGGUAAAACGUAUAAAACGUUGUAAUUUUUCUUUUACAAAGAAUGUAAAGAUGGUAACAAUGUCUCGGUCUUUGAUAAGACCUUUUGGGCAGCACAAGGAAAAGUGCUCUGGCUCUUCACUGCUGCGUUGUCCCAGAUGAUGUGUUGAUCCUGACAGACAAAGGCCUCCAUUGAACUUGGUUACAUUCGACCGUAACACUAAUGCUGCUCUCACUCACUCCAAGAACAACACAAAGGUUAUGAUCCUCAGGUUGACUCAUCAUUCACGAGUUCAUGCUAACUAAUGGCUAAUAAUAUAAGCCAUAUCCCAAAAACAAGAACACAAUAUUAAUCAAUAGGAAGUAUACUCCAUUCAGGCAGAGCCAUUCCUUGACCUCUCUCUGGUGAGGUCACCAUCACACCUGCCUGCAUGGCGCUAGGUGUGGGCGGGGCUUGUUGAGUCCUCUCUGUAUAAAUAGCCGCGUCCCUUUGGGAGAAGCAUUAGCAGCCCUGCUGAGCUCCCACCAACACCUCUGGAACCAUGCUCAGCUCUCUCCUGCGCUCAGCGCUCGUGUUGGCGGCAGUCUGCUGUCUUCAAUAUGCAGAGAAAAUAAACAUCACUUGUCAGAACGAGAUACAGCGACUGAGUUGUGGUGUAGGAGUGGUCAUUGUGCUCACAGUGACCUACAAACAGACUAACAACAAUACCUGCAUUGGAGGCAAAGCUUCAGGACAGGUGGCCAGCACUGCAUGCUCUCCAACAGGCGCUCUGGCAGCCCUUGCAAAAAGGUGUAACGGUACGCAGGUCUGUGAGGUGGACAAAGCGAUCUUCGGUGCCAAUUCCUGCCCUGCCACCCACCAAAGCAUCCAAAUCACGUACAAGUGCCUCACUGCAAAUCAUUUCGUCGCCUCUGAGGGUGAAGUGAAGACAAUCGAAUGUGGUAGGAUUCAUGAACAAUGUAUCACGAUGUGCUCAGCAAUCAAGACCCAUAUUUCCUCUUCACCUGCAAGGUUACAUGUACAACCGUGUCUCCACAGGUGUGACGGUGAAAGCCGUUGUACUGUCCCUGCUAAUAACACAUUGUUUGAGGAUCCCUGCCCAGGAACCGCCAAGUACCUGGAACUGGCUUAUACGUGUGAAUGUCCCCUCUGAGGAGAGCAGCAGGCCUACACAACAAACACCAACAUCUGGAGACGCAUGCCCCCCCCCCUCCAGCUCUCCACCUGAUGAAUUAAUCUUGAUCUUGCUUUCUGCUUUUUUGCAUUAAAUGAUUAUUACAUCAUU